AUGUUACUUGAGUGGCUGGACUUUGUUCACAAGAAAGGCAUUGUUUAUUGUGAUAUAAAGCCUCAAAAUAUUCUGCUUGCACCUGAUGAGACAGGUUUAUUGGUUGCAAAAAUAGCUGAUUUUGGUUUGGCAAAAAGUACUUUAAGAGACUUGGAGAUAGGUGUUAGAGGGACUGCCAUGUAUAUUGCUCCUGAGAGCAUUGUUGAUGAGAUUCAGCUUCAACCAUCUGAUGUUUGGGCACUCGAUUGUGUGGUUCUCAAUAUGCUAACAAGGAGGCCAAUUUGGAAACUGAAUUUGGAUGAGGGUAUUGAAUACCUUUGGAAGCAAAUUGCCUCGGUAAUACCCAGUAUCCCAGAUAGGAUCUCACAUCUGGCCAAAGACUUCUUGCUUAAAUGCUUUGUUAGGAAUCCUGAAGAGAGGUCAAGUGUUGGCAGCCUCUUAUAUCACUCUUUCGUCAAUGUUGUUUUACACGACAUGCCCGAAUUUGAAGUGGUUUUCUUAUCCUCCUGUGCUGCUACUUCUUCUGAUCUUGAAGACAAAUUUAAAGAAGAAGAGGUGCAGGAGGUGUAUGAUGAUGACAUUAUGGAGGAGGACCCCUCUGAAAUUGAAAUUGGGAAUCAAGUAACACUUUUUGGCUCAUCAUGGGCUUCCAAAGAAGCAGUGGAAGCUGCUGUAAAGCUUUUCAAUUUUGUUUGUGUAGAUAAUAUCAUACAACUCGGUUCAGCAGUUAGAUUCAAAAAAAUUGAGAUCUCAGAUCAGCAUCGUCUUAAUUUGAUGGAGCGGGUACUUCCCAGAGUUAUAAUGAUAUGA